UUUUCACCAUCAUAUCCAUUGGAAUCUCCAGAGGUUAUGUUUAUCCAACCCUCAAUUCCCAUACAUCCUCAUGUUUACUCUAAUGGUCACAUCUGCCUUAAUAUUCUCUACAAAGACUGGUCUCCAGUACAGACAGUAGCUCAGGUCUGCUUAUCCAUCCAAUCUAUGCUCUCGAGUUGUGUAAAAAAGGAAUUGCCUCCUGAUAACGAUCUCUACGUCAAGAGCGCGCGCGCGUCGCCAAAAAAGACUACUUGGGCAUUCCAGGUAAAUAUAUUUCAUUUGAAUUAA